GAUGAACCCACGAGAAAGAGCUAAUGCGGGGGUAACAACUCUCCAAUCUACGAAGUGUUUGCCGGCCACACUUGAAUUAGCCUUGGUUUAUGCGUGACGAAGAGUCUUAUUCCAUGACCCUUCCUUGUAUUUACUUGAAAGGCAAAUCAUCAAGAUACACACCCCAGUGGAUGGCAACUAAGAGAUUUCUGGAAUGGUGCGGAACGCCGUAUCAUACUUCAGUUUGGAGGUGCGACGACGCGUAGUCUCCCUCCACAGGCCCGUACAGCUCCUAAGCUGUGCAGCCACUGUGCUUUCAUGUCUACUCCUAUCGGGUUGCACAUCCGCUCCGCUAUUAGCCAACAUUUAUGUUGUCUCCUUUGCGUCCACGGGCCCACCCACCGCCACUGCUAGUUGGACAACCUCGGAGCCAUCAACUACGGAAUUCUCACCCGUCGAGGUCCGCGUCGGCUACUUCUCUCUCUGUACCCGAGCCGAAAACCAGGUCCAUUGGAUUUGUGGUGACCAACUUGGGAACCCCUUUCGAGGAACGCCGGAUCCAUGGGAUCUAUACAAGAAAGCCGAAAAUUAUAGAACACAAGUCAUCUCGCCUAUCUUCCCAAUUAUUUCGCUCGCGCUCAAUCUAGCAUCCAUUACUAUCGUCUCAUCCUUCCCCAUUACCAGGACAAACGAGCCGCUAUCCGUUCGAGAGCGAAAGACCCGAGCCAUUGUGAUCGCGCUCCCCAUAACGGCGAUCGUUACCGUUAUUGUUACAUUUGUAGCGGCCUUAUGGCAGCACACUACAGCGGCAACGGCAUCGCCGUUGGUGAGAUAUCUAUCUUCAAGUGCACUUACGUGUGUGGUUGGGCCUGCUGGUACGACCUUUGUAUGGUUGAUCUUUGGUACCUCGCUAGUAACAGGCUCAAUGCUAUGUCGGGCAAGCCUUACAAUCAGUUUAGACAAUGUGGAGGAUGAUUCCACCCUUACGACGCAGUCUAGGAUAAAUUCGUGGCUUUCAGAGAGGGAAAGAGUAUCUUCAAGUUGAGAAAGCGUACUGAAAUAUAUAAACCUAGUCCCCCGGCGUCAAUAUAGAUUUGUCGUCAUUCUGUCAUCCCACCCACUGUCUCACGUUAGGGGUUAUCCUAGUUAGAACAUUGUCAUUCGUCAUCCG